ACGUGCGUGCUAGUGCGUGCACGUAUGUGUACAAUCAGUGAGGUACAGCUGUUGACACUUUAGUCAAUAUCCAGACGGCGUUAUGAAAAGUUGUAAGUUUAUAUCUGUGUAGUGUGAGCCGAUCUAACAUGGACUACCACAUCAAAAUAGUGCAGGAUUAACUGUACAUUCAACAUUCUUUUUAAAACAUAUCAGUAAGCACAGAUUCAUUCAACAUGGACAUGGAAGAUUUCAGAAUUGGCACCUUCAGCUUCGGCAAUCUUUUCUUAGCGUUUGUGAUCUCGGCGUUGUUCAUGUUUCUACUCUACUGGCUGUGGACAUGGCCUUGCAGCGGAGAGACUGAGCAGAAGCUUCUACCUUCACGAACGAUUCUGUCCAGCCAAACUGUCAAGCCGUUGUACGCCCUAGAAAUAGAACCAGGAAUUGUCAUUCUGCAGAGUGAAGAUGGGGAGUUUUUUAGGAUUCUCCGAGAGUACGAUUCUGCGGAUAGAACCGGCAGUGGCAGCAGAGCUCCAGAACUGCCCACCUGUACACCUGAGAACAGGUACAUCCCAUCCUACACCAGAGGCUACUACCAAACCCAGCCCACAGCCCCCAUGCUCAGCGAAACAGAGGCAGGCCAUGGCCAUGACCCAUUCGGUAGUGCCAUGUGGACGCCAAUCAGGACUUUGAGCACCAGUUCAAGAAACUAAAACAUUCAUAUACACUUUCUCAACAACUACACUCGCAUGCAGACACACACACACACACACAGACAAACAAACACUCUAGCUUGUAUUUCAAUUACACACGUAUUUACAAAUACAUAAAAUAUCUUAUAUUUCUAACAUUUACCAAAAUUAUCAUGCAUACAAAAAUAUGUGACUCAGUAUAAAAAAUAACGAUUUUUUUUUUUUAUUUAUGUAAAUAAGCCAAAUUUUAUUUAAUUAUUAUCUGCCCUAAAUAUUUUUUUUAUUAAUUCUUUUUUUUAACCUAAUAAAAAAAAAAUGAGGCAUCAAUUUUGUGGCUUAAUUCAGUUUCAGUAAAAUUUUAAUCAUUUGAGGCAAUAUGAAUUGAGAGUUACCAUUUCUAUAUUAUCUCGCCAAUAAGCCAUGGUAUUCUUCCAUUAAAGAGUCCUAAUGAUUAUUUUAGCUUAUUUUACUUAUAUACUGUAUCUAUUGGAAUUGAGACAUAUGAAGUACAUUAUCUCAUGUCAUGAUUACUCAUGAUGUUAAAUGUCAAAAUGCAGAGGCCCCUCAUAUCCCUAGCUACGCUACUGCUCUACCAUAAAAAAGAAAACAAUCUGAAUUAGAGCCAAAGUCCCAAACAGUAAACUCUUUUCAAUCACUCAAUGAAAAAAAAAAAUGGCCAUUACAAAAACUAUUUCACUUCAGCAUUCAUCGAUUUUGAUUAUUUUUUAGUUGGCACAUUUUUGUUUUCAAGCUAAUUUAGACCAUUUCUGAGCUCACGACUUUCAGAAGGCUAUUCUUUUCAUGCAUACAAAUGUAUUGCUGAAUAAUAAAUGGAUUGCUUCUAAA